UAUAUAAAUAUACAGGAAUGCAUUCCACCAAUAAUCCCUCACGUUUUAUUUUAUUGUUCCAAUAUUAUUUAUUGUCACUUUUAUUUUGGUAUGUUUACUACAAAAGACCGUUUUGGGAGCUAAUGCUUUUAUUUUGAAGUCUUCACUUUCGGCAGUGACGUCAUCUACCUGCGUUGCACCCUCUCUCACUCAGUUGUUUGAUGGCAGACUGAGGUGAGGAGAGUUAGUCAUGUGCUCUUUGUAGAUUUCUGUUCUAAAUGAUGUUUACAGUGUUUAUAUAAUCUUAAACUGUGAAACAAGGUUAUAAUAUCAUUCCAUGGUGCUAAUGUGUUGCUGUGUAGUUGUUUUGCAGAAGUUUGAGUGUUUUAGCAAACUUUUAGUUAAGUGUACUGUUUAGCGGCACUUGUGAGGACUCACACACAGCACCUGCAGCAUGUUUAAUGGCGUCUUUUCCCCACCACAGACUGGUGUGUUGCAGACGUCCAUCUGUAUUAAUGCUGCUGCAUUAUUGUGGUUAUUUGAUGCAGGUAUGUUUGUUGCUCCCAUGUUUUUGGUCUAUUGUGUUUUGUACUAUGUGUUUAUUUUAUUGUUUUAUUUACAUGUCUAAAAAUACUAAUUAGCCGGUGGUGUAUACAUUUCCAGUGUAACUGUAAUGUUACAGUGUAUUGUGAUCUAUUGUGAUUUGAUUUGAUAUUUGAAUGUUUUAUAAGUAAUAGUCUCGCAGUUGUUUGAUGGCAGACUGAGACUGGUGUGUUGCAGACGUCCAUCUGUAUUAAUGCUGCUGCAUUAUUGUGUUUAUUUCAUGCAGAGGAAUAAAUACGCCACAGUUUCGGUUAAAGACAACAACCGAAUCUCCUUGUGCAUCAACCACGCACAACACAACGCAGAGUCGCAGCAAGGGUCUGCUGAGAAGUAGGCCCAGACCGGCUACAUUGGUGCCGUGACCUGAAGACUUGGACGAAGAGGCUGAAUAUGAAAGUGUUGAGAACCGGAUUGUGGAUUUGUGUGUGCGGAACCCCCUGAUGCUCGGAUAAGAUCAAGAGGAGAAGACUCCCCUGUUCCCCUUCAAAGCAGUUGUACCUUGACGUCGCCUUGGACAACACAUUCGGGGUAAAUGGAGGCCCUGAACAAGAAGAGGUACUCAGUGAACUACAUCCUGCUGAGGCUCUGAUUGACAGAUGUUAUCAGAUGUGAGCAAUGCAUCCUGGGAGAAUGCUGUCAUCAAUCAACACCACACUGAAUCAGAUAAAUGGAGGAUGCAUACUUUACCACUUAUCUAACUUGCUUGGAAUCAGUAUGCAGUGUGACAUUGGGAUGCAGAUCAUCUGCUGUCUGACACCAAGAGGCUCUGGAUUUGCAGACACAAUCAGCCAUAAAAACGCAACAUGGAGAAUGGUGUUCUUUGUCUGAAUCCACAGUGCUUUAAGGUAGGUCAAGGUGUAGCCUCAUUGUAAAUAUGUCUCCUCACUGCCCACACUUCUGUAUCUGGAGUGCAUGUCACACCGCCUGCAGCAAUCUUCAAGUGGGGGAGGAACUGAUCUGGUGGGAGUCCAAAUGAGUGGUUUUCUAACUUAUCCCUUCUGCAAAAGUAAAAGUGGGGGUGUGUGAAUCACAACUAAAGUCAAACUGCUUAUAUUAGGCUAUUAUUAAGAACACUUCCCUCAUUUCAAACCACACCGCAUGACUGCACUUAGUCUGUAAAGACCGGUUAUCCAAGUGAUGAGUCAGUCCAUCGAUUGAUUCAUCACUCAUCAUUCUGCCAGAAUAUUCGGUCUCCAAGGAAGUCUGGCGGGGGAUGAGAAGGCGGCAAACAUCACAGAUUACUUCUAAGACUCUUUUUAGUUUUAUAUUAAACUGGGAGUUAUUUACUGGCCUUGUUAGUCUUUUAUUAAAAUGUGCUCUCCGUGGGCUCUUGCUGUCAACUUGAUGUCAGCAUUUAUGUGUUAUUAACACACCUUCAGUCGUAAUUAUAUUUAAAGGGCUGUUUUGAUUGGGUUUAAUUAGCUGAGAAUGAGAGUCUAACCUCAAUUAUAUAAAAUAAAAUGAUAAAUGUAUCCAUAGGUCCUAUAUAAGCGCUCAAGGGUGUUUGAGGAUAGUGGCAGUAUUGUAAUGUGGUGCACUGGUUUAGUUAAAGACGUAAGUGUAUUGUUUAUCUUCAUAUUUGUAAUGAAUGCACAACAGUGUUUACUAAUUACAUAUUUUGUAUCUGAAACUAUACAAUAUGGGCUUUCAGCCAACGUUCUGGGGAGAAGCUAAUAAUUGGCACAUUCCUAUACUUGCUCUGGCCCAAAGGAAUGCAAGACAGCUGGACAAUAUUUACACCCCUCAUUAUGAGGCUUAAACGCUACAAAUCAUGCAGCAUUUGACUGACCACACCCUCAGGAAUGUCAGUGGAUACAGAUCAAGAUCUAAAAUUAUGACUAAUUUAUUCAUUAUUUGAUUCAAGUGAAACGCCAAUAAGCACAGGGGAGCAUAUGCACUCAGGGGUUGGUAGACUACGUUUGAAGACAGAAAAAAAUCAGCCGUGCCAGCUGACUAUAAGGAACCUUUUAUGCAGCUGCAGCUCUUCAUUCAGAUGCUGAGCGGAGCAGCCGGAGGAGGGAGACGCUUUUCAGGGGAAAAAACACCACAGCUCUUUUUGAUAUCGCGUUUUUAAAACCCACUUUAAUGCAUAGUGAGGGAAUCCCCUCCCGUUACUAAUUUUGCGGGGGAAGUGGUGUCCUGGAUUCAGACUGAGCGGAUUGCGGCAAUUUAAAGCGUCCUGAGUGAUCGGAGCUCAGCAGCAGCAUCUCAUUGUAUGAAAUGCGUCACCGUGAUCCUCUUCUUCCAUUCACACACAUCCGCUCUCCACUCACGGACUGUUUCCCGAACUGACUGUUUCAUCAGGUAACCACAUGCGCGGGCCAGUGUCACCGCGCUGAGCCCGGAGAGCACGAAGGGUACCGGGGUCAGAGAGAUACGAGUGGCCGGGAAAGGUGGAUCGGAUGACGGCCAGAACCUCUGAGGCCUCGGGGCUGUCGGUGCCACUGCACCGCUGUCACGGGGGUCUCCAGGUCGGUAACGGCACGUGCGCGGAGCAGCUCCACUUCUUUCCGCCCCUCUCCUCCACCCUCGCGCUCCUCGUUCUGGUGGCCGUGCUCGUGGGGAUCGUCCUCGUUUCCCUGGCAACCUUCCACUUCCACAAGAGGAAGCUCCGGAACAGGAAGAUCCAGCGCGCGCAAGAGGAAUACGAGCGCGACAGUCGCAGCCCGGCGCGCGGCGCAGGGACGCGCGGAGAGCCCGCAAGGCCGUGCGUCAUCGUCCGACCCGUGAGAUGUGAGGAGGAGAUGCUCUCGUGCCACCAGAGUGCAGAGAGCGGGGACGCCACCGAGGUGCUGCACGAGACAGUUCACAUUGACUGUUAACUUCAGGGACUGUGGAAUAAACAGAAAAAGCAAUAAGGCACAAAGAGCUCCCCAUCUCUGCUGCUUGUAGAUUAGAAACGUUAACGCAGAAUACUGAGCAGAAUAAUCGGCAUAGAGGUAAACUACAGUGACACAUAGGAUAGCUUCACACCUUCCUUAACACACUAGUAUUUAGCCAACCGGUAAUUCCUUAUGAGACUGUAUAGAGUAUUUGCCUGCUUUGACUUUUGGACCUCUUCCUUUUAAACCCUCAAAGAUGUUUAAACUUUAAAUCUUCCCUGGGAUGUGACACGAGGUUGUGUUGAAUUAUUAAGAGUCUAGUGACACCACACAGACCUUAAUGGCUCGCUGAUCUUCCUUGGCAUGUCUCUCUGCCACACUACCAGUAUGUAGUUAGACUAUAAUGGAUGUUGUGGUGCUGUUAGGCAGUGCAAAGCUGCAUAUAGGCUGUAGAAAAUGGCUUAUUUGUUUGCGUAGUAUUUUUUCCUUCAAUUAAGUGACUUAGCAUAUUUGCCUAAAGUACUGUCCUCCAAUGUCUGUUAGACAUCUAGCUCUAGUUAGCCUGACAGUAUGAAAGACUUUUUGCUGUAGUAAUGCACAUUUUUUUUAAUGUGUCAGAUAGUAAGUUUUAGCGCUAAUACAGUAUUUUCCUUUUUGAGUAUUUAUAAUGUAUUCUCUGACAUGUAAUACAUUUAGAAUCCAACAGAGGGUUUGAGUUAAAGCCCGUCUUCUUUUUUCUCCUUUUUUAAAUCCUUCAUAUUGUAUUAUAGUGGGCCUAUUAUAAAUUCUGUGUCAUUUAUUAUAUGAAAUCACUGUAAAUGUAUGCCAUUAUGAGAGCUGGAAUGUUUUACAGUAACAUCAUCUUUCUGGAGUUCAUAUAAUCUGCCUUAUCAAGGAAAAAUAUGUAAUAUUCUAAGUUUAUAAAUAAAUACUUACAUUAUGUUAAUCCUUUUAA